UCGAGGUGCAUGUUGGCUGGGCAAAAGGGAGCCCACAUAAACAAAGGCACAUUGCAGGCAAGGGCCAGUCCGUCCGGCUUGCUCGCCCCGCGCUGCGCUCUCGCGCCGCACUUCCUGGAGAGAGAAGGAGUGCGUGGCGCCCGGCGCCGAGAGGAGAGGAGAGGCGGGCGCGGAGGGGGCGCGCGUGCGGGAGACAGGCAGCCCGGCAGCCAAGCAGGCAAGCAGGCGGAGAGAGCGACCGAGAAGACGCCGCCGCAGCAGCAGCCGGGGAUCGCGCGCUCUCGCUUGCUCUCCGCUCGCUCGCUUUACCUCGCCCAUCCGCCCCUGGGAAUCGGAGCUACUACUCCCCACCGGUGAAUGAAUGAAACAGCCACAGCCCAACAAGGAGCACCCGGGUCACUCUGGAGUCCGCAGCGCUUCCCUCCCGUCUUGGCAACCUGUCCCUCCAUUGAAUUCCGACGCUGUCCGCCUUUAGCCCCCCCGAAAACGCCUCUCACUCGGCUGAAGGUGGCCAUGCCCUGCGUCCAGGCUCAGUUCGGGUCCUCGCCGCAAGGAGCCAGCCCGGCCACGCAGAGCUACGCUUACCACCACUCGGCGGCUGCCGGGGAGUACAGCUCGGACUUCUUAACGCCCGAGUUUGUCAAGUUUAGCAUGGACCUGACCAACACUGAAAUCACUGCCACCACUUCUCUCCCCAGCUUCAGUACGUUCAUGGACAACUACGGCGCCGCCGCCGCCGCAGCCGCCGCGGGCUACGACGUCAAGCCGCCUUGCCUGUACCAAAUGCCCUCGCAGCCGCCGCCUCCGCCUCCGCCACCCCCGCCGCCGCCCCCGCCGCCCUCCAUCAAGGUCGAGGAGUUGCCCCUGCACGGCCACGCGCACGGCUACCCCCCUCCGCCGCCCCAGCAGCCGCCGCCGGCCGCCGGGCCGCAGCAGCCCGACGAGCUGGCCGUCUACUACAAGCCGUGCUCGUCGCCGCCAGCCCCGACCGCGGGCUUCGCCCCCGGGCAGAGCGUGUGGGACGAGGCGGGGCCCCUGCACGGCUUCCACCACCACCAUCAUCACCACCACCAUCACCACCACGCGCAGGCCUACGGCGGAGCGGCGGCCGUCGGGGGCGGCGGCGGCGGCGGGAUGCACAAAGCGGUGGCCCCGACGGCCGUGCCGCGCCUCUCGCUCUUCUCCUUCAAGCAGUCUCCGCCAGGCACGCCAGUGGGCAGCUGCCAGAUGCGCUUCGACGGGCCCCUGCACACCCUGCCGCUCAACGGCGAGCCCGGCGGGCCCCACCACCAUCACCACCACCACGACGGGCAGCCCUUCGCCCUGCCCAACCCCAUCCGCAAGCAGGCCGCCGCCGUCGGCUUCCCCGGGCUGCAGAUCGGGCACGCUUCGCAGCUCCUGGACGCCCAGGUGCCGUCGCCGCCCUCGCGGGGCUCGCCCUCCAACGAGGGGCUCUGCGCCGUCUGCGGGGACAACGCUGCCUGCCAGCACUACGGCGUGCGCACCUGCGAGGGCUGCAAAGGCUUCUUCAAGCGCACCGUCCAGAAAAACGCCAAGUAUGUUUGCCUAGCGAAUAAAAACUGCCCCGUGGACAAACGCCGCCGGAAUCGGUGCCAGUACUGUCGCUUUCAGAAGUGCCUGGCAGUCGGCAUGGUCAAAGAAGUGGUUCGCACAGACAGUUUAAAAGGCCGGCGGGGUCGCUUGCCGUCGAAACCGAAGAGCCCCCAGGAGCCCUCUCCCCCGUCGCCCCCGGUGAGUCUGAUCAGUGCCCUGGUGAGAGCCCAUGUCGACUCCAACCCGGCUAUGACCAGCCUGGACUAUUCCAGGUUCCAGGCUAACCCGGACUAUCAGAUGAGCGGCGACGACACGCAGCACAUCCAGCAGUUCUACGAUCUCUUGACUGGCUCCAUGGAAAUCAUCCGGGGCUGGGCGGAAAAGAUCCCCGGCUUCACCGAUCUCCCCAAACAGGACCAGGACCUGCUCUUUGAAUCCGCUUUCUUGGAGCUCUUCGUCCUGCGGUUAGCCUACAGAUCCAACCCGGUGGAAGGCAAGCUGAUAUUUUGCAACGGCGUGGUCCUGCACCGGCUGCAGUGCGUCCGCGGCUUCGGCGAAUGGAUCGACUCGAUCGUGGAGUUCUCGUCCAACCUGCAGAACAUGAACAUCGACAUCUCCGCCUUCUCCUGCAUCGCUGCGCUGGCCAUGGUGACAGAGAGGCACGGCCUGAAGGAACCCAAGAGGGUGGAGGAACUGCAGAACAAGAUUGUCAAUUGUCUCAAGGACCACGUGACUUUCAACAACGGCGGCUUGAACCGGCCCAAUUACUUGUCCAAACUGCUGGGCAAGCUCCCGGAACUGCGUACGCUUUGCACGCAAGGCCUGCAGCGCAUCUUCUACUUGAAACUCGAAGACUUGGUGCCACCGCCGGCAAUAAUCGACAAACUUUUCCUGGACACGCUACCUUUUUAAAAUAAAAGAGAGAGGGAGAGAGAGGGAGAGAGAAAGAAAAAACGAAAGAAAGAAAGAGACAGAGAGAGAGAGAAAGAGAGGGAGGGACUCUUCUUUGCCGCUGAGCUUUCCAAGUGAAGAACUUUCAAAGCCUGGAAGAGAGGGGGAAGGAAGGAAGGAAGGAAGGAAGGAAAGAAGGAAGCAGAUGAAGGGGCCUGACUAAGACACCUGGUCCGUGAGGAGCACCCAUGGGUGCUGCUGGGCUCCCAUCCCUUCAGACUGUGGUUGGCCUCUCCUGAAGGACAGAGACUGGACAUUGGGGUGGGGGUCUCUCUCUAUAGGCACCCUGGAUCCCGUUCCUUGGACUGCACACAAAUCCCAUGGUACAAGCUUUUUAUUAUCGCCUGAAACAGACAAACAGAAUCCUUCAUACACCCCGGUCUCCCCAAAACAAAACAAAAAAAAGGGAGGGGGGAAACAGAAUUUCCUACUGCUAUUAUGGUGAUGAUGAUGAUGGUUAUGUUGAAGGACUUUUUGAGAUAAGGAAGCUGAGCCUUAGCUGCUGCCGAAGGCGAGUGUACUAAGGGAACCCACCUAAGACUUUUUUUAUAUAUAUAAAAAUCAUUUUCUGCUGUAAAGGAAAGCUGUAAUAUAUAUACAGACGAGCAGUUAAGAUGUGGGGAGGGAGACGGGGGCGGCAUGAAUCGACAGAAGGCGAAGGAUUGUACAUUUCACCAGAUGCGGUUUGGCUUUUUCUUUCUUUCUUUUUAAAAGGAAAACAAAAACUAUUCUGUGCCUAUUUAUGAAUAAGCUAUUCAAACCGAUUCUGAUAAUAAUAAUGAUAAUAAUAAUAAUUUUUUUAAAAAAGAGAGUUGGGUGGGGGGAGGAGAAAGUAAAGAAUAACGAGAAUCAAUCAAAGGAGCUUGAAGAAAUAAAUAGAUAGAAGUUGACGAUUCAAGACCUAAUCGAGAGAAAGCAGGGCCAUUCUAGGAGGACCACGUUUAUUAUAGGCACUUGCUAUUUCAGUAAUGUCUAUAUUCUAUAAAUAGUAAUUUCAGACACUAUGUAGUCUGCUAGAUUUUAUAAAGAUUGGUAGUUCUCUAAGAAGCCUCGAACGUUUUUCUCAAUUGUAAAAUAAGUGGGCAGACGUGUUACACAGAUCCAAACAGAUUCUUCCUUCCUAAAACCCCAACCUGCCCCACUUCCCGGAAAAAAGCAAACACCUUUCGCCAGGGACCCCUAUUUCCCGUCUUUGUAAACACCGUCCGGCAUUCCUUGUUUGUAAGUGUCGUAUGUAUUGUUGAUGCUGAUUAAAAGAAAACAGUUUA